CACUCCCGCCGCCCCUCCCGCCUCCGACACAAAUGACAGUGAGCGAAACAAACAUGGCGACGGCGUUGAGCGGACGCGGCUUUCUGCGGACUUUACUGCUCUUUACCCAACUUGCGGCCGGCGUCCGGGCCGAGGCGGCGCUGGCCGAGCCGCGGGCCGGCACGCGGAUCCUCGGCAUGCGGCUCGAGCGCAGCGACAUGCCGGCCGGGACCACCGAGCGCGGCGUGAUCCAGGUGACCGAGGGCAGCGACAUCCUGGUCCGGUUCUACGGGCUCCACUUGUUCCCCAACAGCUCCGCGCUCGUCCGCUUCACGGAGCUCUACUCCAGCGAGGCGGAGGACGACGCCCACGGCGCCGUGGAGGUGGCCUUCAACCGGACGUGCCCGGAGCACAGCAAGGACCUGUUCGGAAAGGGCACCAUGAACGUGAGUAACCACAACACCUCCGGGCUGCUCAGCGUCACCGUCAAGGAGCUGCGCAAGAGCGAGGUGGUCAAGGUGUUCGCCCUGUGCGUGCGAGACCCCCUGGACCCCCCGGACGCGUGGUCCCUGCUGGACGAGCGGGACGGCCGGAUACGGGUGGUGGAGGUGAAGAAGUCCCUGCUUCCCGUGUGGCUUCAGGUGAUCCUCAUCUCCUUCCUGCUGGUCCUGUCGGGCAUGUUCAGCGGUCUGAACCUGGGCCUGAUGGCCCUGGACCCCAUGGAGCUGCGCAUCGUGCAGAGCUGCGGCACGGAGAAGGAGAAGAAGUACGCCCGCAAGAUCGAGCCCAUCCGGCGCAAGGGCAACUACCUGCUGUGCUCGCUGCUCCUGGGCAACGUGCUGGUCAACACCACUCUGACCAUCCUGCUGGACGACCUGACGGCCUCGGGCGUGGGGGCGGUGGUGGCCUCCACGGUGGGCAUCGUGAUCUUCGGCGAGAUCGUGCCCCAGGCGCUGUGCUCGCGCCACGGCCUGGCGGUGGGCGCCAACACCAUCCUGGUCACCAAGCUCUUCAUGCUGCUCACCUUCCCGCUGUCGUGGCCCAUCAGCAAGAUCCUGGACUGCGCGCUGGGCCAGGAGAUCGGCACGGUGUACAACCGCGAGAAGCUGGUGGAGAUGCUGAAGGUGACGGAGCCCUACAACGACCUGGUGAAGGAGGAGCUCAACAUGAUCCAGGGGGCGCUGGAGCUGCGCACCAAGACGGUGGAGGACGUGAUGACGCCGGUGGACGACUGCUUCAUGAUCCACGCCGACGCCGUGCUGGACUUCAACACCAUGUCCGAGAUCAUGGAGAGCGGCUACACCCGCAUCCCCGUCUACGAGGGCGAGCGCUCCAACGUGGUGGACGUGCUCUUCGUCAAGGACCUGGCCUUCGUCGACCCCGACGACGGCACCACGCUCAAGUCCAUCAUCAAGUUCUACAACCGCCCCGUGCACUUUGUCUUCCACGACACCAAGCUGGAUUCCAUGCUGGAGGAGUUCAAAAAAGGCAAGUCCCACCUGGCCAUCGUGCAGAAGGUGAACAACGAGGGCGAGGGCGACCCCUUCUACGAGGUGCUGGGCCUGGUCACGCUGGAGGACGUCAUCGAGGAGAUCAUCAAAUCGGAGAUUCUGGACGAGUCGGAUCAGUACACUGACAACCGCAGCAGGAAGAAGGUGGCGCCCAACAAAAACAAGAGGGACUUCUCCGCCUUCAAGCACGAGCGCGAGUCCAAGGUGAAGAUCUCGCCUCAGCUGCUGCUGGCAGCCCACCGCUUCCUGGCCACAGAGGUGACCCUGUUCAGCCCGGCUCAGAUAUCCGACAAGGUGCUGUUGCGAAUCCUGCGCCACCCCGACGUCAUCCAGGAGAUCAAGUUCAACGAGAGCGACAAGUGCUCGCCGCACCACUACGUCUACCAGAGGGGCAAAUCUGUGGACUACUUCAUCCUCAUCCUGCAGGGCCGAGUGGAGGUGGAGGCCGGCAACGAGAACAUGAAGUUUGAGACGGGACCCUUCUCCUACUACGGCAUCAUGGCUCUUAGCGCUCCCAUGCUGGCGGCGGUGCCCCGCCCCCGCCAUCCCUCCUUUAAGAGGUUUUCACUCUUGGCUUGGUUGCCAGGUAACCUGCGGCAUGCCGGGGUCCUUAGAGGACCGGUUCUCCAUCGCGUAGCCUAGAAAGUACUCAAAGUAGCAUGAGGGGCUAAGGUAGCAGUCUACAUCAUCACUCACUGCUCUUUCUUGUCUUGCACCGGAUCCCAAUCCAAGUUCUGAUAUUGAUAAGAGCGGUCAGAGUUCUAGCGAGGAAGAAAAACCCAACAAACAAAGCCUUGACGUGUAAAAGAAAUCAAUACAUGAUUGCGGCGAACUUUUGCCGCUAACUUAGCAGUCCGUCUUCACUCCUUCUUGACAGAAGCUGGAAGUUGAAAUCAAGCAAAAUAAAAAAGCCACACUGCUGGAAAAAGUUUCAGCGAAGCCGCGUUAAAUUUUCUUUUUUUUUUUUUAAUGGCUAAGCGCGUGGCUACUAGCGGCACCUCGCGUAAAAUUCCACAGGAAGACUUUGUGCUUUUCAAGAGCACGACGGUGGCCGAGUGUUUUUUGCCCCUGUGAUUCCAGGUGGGGGUGCAUUUUCAUCCACAGACUAUUCAACAAUGUCGC